AUGUCUGACAUUGAGAUGGAUGAUAUCGACGAGGAUGUCGGUGAAGAGGGCGAAGAGACGAAAGAGGAGAAAAAACCAAAGGUGUAUGUUCCGGGAGUGAGUCGCGAGCUGAAAGAAGGAGAAGAGCUUGAAUUUGAUCCAGAUGCUUAUCAAGCUUUUCAUUCUUUCGAAACAACUUGGCCUUGUAUGUCUUUUUCAAUUUUGCGUGAUUCUCUGGGCGAUAAUCGUACCGACUUUCCUAUGCAGAUGUAUUUGGUUUCUGGUUCGCACGCGGAUAAGCCUAAAAACGCUGAGAUUAGUGUUAUUGGGUUAAAGAAUUUGACAGGAACAAAACAGGUAUCACAUUUCGACGAAGAGGAUGAAGAAAGUGACGGAAAUCAACCAAUCUUGCAUUCUGUCACUAUUCCUCAAAAUGGAAAUAUCAACCGAAUGAAAGCUGAACGUCUUGGUGAUGCAAAUGUUGUGGCACUCUGGAACGCUUUUGGCAAAGUUCAGUUGUGGAAUAUUACAGACGCGAUGAAAAUGAUCGAUGGAAUGACGGGAAAAUCGGCCAAUUCUACUUUGAGCAAUCAAAAACCACUGUUUUCAUACAGUGGGCACAAUCGAGAAGGUUUUGCUCUUUCGUGGAGUCGAGUUAAAACGGGAUCACUUGCUUCUGGAGGAGAAGAUAGGAACAUCUAUAAUUGGCAUCUUCAAGAGGGUGGUUCUUGGGUCGUCGAUCAUCGUCCAUACAAAGGCCAUAAGGGCUCAGUGGAAGACAUCGAGUGGAGCCCCACCGAAGAAGGUCUCUUGAUUUCUUGUGGCAGUGAUAAGACAAUUCGUCUCUGGGAUACCAGAAUAUCACCGACUGAAGCUUGUGUUUGUAUUGUUGAAAAUGCGCAUGACGACGAUGUGAAUGUUAUUUCUUGGAACCCAAGCCCAACCGAUCCGUUUAUUCUUUCGGGAGGGGAUGACUCUGCUUUGAAAAUUUGGAGCUUGCAAACGAUUCAGUAUGGUCGUCAUGUCGCUAAUUUCAAGUAUCACACCCGUCCAAUAACGUCCGUGGAAUGGCAUCCAAAUGAUUCCACGACCUUUAUGGCCUCAGCAGAAGAUGAUCAAGUUUCCAUUUGGGAUGUUGCCAUGGAGGCCGAUACAACGGAAGAUGUUGUCGAAGGAGUCCCACCCCAGUUGCUCUUUUUGCAUUGUGGUCAAAAAGAGGUGAAAGAAGUUCACUGGCAUCAGCAAUGUCCUGGAUUGGCUCUCACGACGGCUUUGUCUGGAUUUAAUACAACAUACCAAAUGAGGCUUGGCUGUUUGCGGUUUAUCUAUGGUGGGAAUAAAUCGGGCCCCGAGUAUCUACGA